UAAUAAAUGUCAAAGUAGCAGUAAUAUUUUUGGUAUGCAAAAGUUUACGUAAAUUAAGUUCCAGAGCAGAGAAAGAAGAAAUACGACAGCUUGGGGCACUAUAAAUUCUUGCUGUGAUUAGAAAUACUUUAUCUUUUUGCAAAAAAAUCAAAUCUUAAAAAUGAUUAGUGCUACAUCUCGUGCUGCUUUAAGAGCUAGUACCCAAGCAGUAUCUGGUGGAGUAAAAGCAGGUAAAACCCCAGCAACUGUCUCAAAAUCCUUGGUUAUUGACAAAAUUAAAAUCAAGAAAAUACCAAAUGGAAUACCAAGGGCUUCAACUAGUUUACCUGGAAUUGCCCAGAUACGUUUUGCACAUACUGAUUUAGCAGUACCUGAUUUCUCAGCAUAUAGAAGAGACUCUGUCCAAAAGAGUACAAGUAAGAGCACAGGUGGAGAUGACAGAAAAUCUUUUACUUACAUGAUGGUUGGCGCCGGAGCUGUAGGUGGAGCAUAUGCAGCUAAGUCUUUGGUUACACAUUUUGUAAGCUCAAUGAGCGCAUCAGCUGAUGUUUUAGCCAUGGCUAAAAUCGAAAUCAAAUUAUCAGAUAUUCCAGAAGGAAAAUCUGUAACCUUUAAGUGGAGAGGAAAGCCAUUGUUUAUUCGUCAUAGAACUGCAGAAGAAAUAAGCACCGAAAGAGCUGUACCUUUAUCUGAAUUGCGGGAUCCUCAAUCUGAUGACCAAAGAGUUUCUAAACCUUCAUGGUUGGUUGUAAUAGGUGUUUGUACACAUUUAGGAUGUGUACCAAUUGCUAAUGCUGGUGACUUUGGUGGUUAUUAUUGCCCUUGUCACGGAUCCCAUUACGAUGCUUCUGGACGUAUUCGCAAAGGACCUGCUCCACUUAAUCUUGAAGUCCCGGAACACACUUUUCCUGAUGAUGGAACCCUAAUAGUUGGUUAGAAAAAAUUUAUUUAAUUUUUUUCAAUUUAAAACUUUUAAAACGGUGUAAUAUUCUUCUUGUAAAAGCUUAAUCAAAGAAUUGUUAUAAAAUAUUCCAAAUAAAUUAUCAAGUUAGAAUAUACAA